AUGUUGAAACUAGUCGUCGCCGCCGUAUCGGACGCCUGGUCGCGCUGGUUUGGAACCGGAGAGCUACCAACCGCUAUUCUUUUCAUCGCGGCUGGGCUUUCUUUGUUCUGGCUUGUACGGAUGCUGACAUCAAAGAAUUCCCACCCGCCACUGCCGCCCGGUCCACCAUCUCUGCCACUUGUCGGAAACCUCCUGUCUCUUGAUCCGGAGCUCCACUCCUACUUUGCAACCCUCGCCAAAACGUACGGUCCGAUUACCAGGCUCUGGCUCGGUAAAAAAUUGGGUAUUCUGAUCACCUCUCCGGCCUUGGCCCGUGAAGUGCUAAAACUCAACGACACCACCUUCGCCAACCGAGACGUUCCGGUUGCAGGCGAGGAGGCUACUUACGGUGGAAAUGACAUCGUCUGGUCGCCGUACGGCGAUCAGUGGCGGAUGUUGAGAAAGAUUUGUGUUCGUGAAAUGCUUUGUAACCAAACUUUGGACUCUGUUUACUCUCUCCGCCGGACAGAGAUUCGGAACACCGUGAACUACCUGUACAACCGAGCCGGGUCGCCGGUGAACAUCGGCGAGCAGAUGUUCUUGACUGUGUUGAAUGUGAUUACCGGCAUGAUGUGGGGAGGCACCGUGAAGGCGGAGGAUAGAAGAAGUUUAGGAGCAGAGUUCCGGCAAGUCAUCAAUGAGAUGACCGGAUUAUUGGGGAUGCCCAAUCUGUCGGAUUUUUAUCCGGGUUUGGCCCGGUUUGACCUGCAAGGAAUAAAAAAGAAGAUGACUGUGUUGGCAAAAAGAUUCGAUGGGAUAUUUGAGACGAUGAUUGAUCAAAGAAGGAAGAUGGGCGGAGAUGAAAACAAAGAUUUUUUACAGUUCUUGUUGCAGCUUGAAGAUGGUGGAGAUUCCAAAACACCAUUCACUCUCAAACACCUCAAAUCCUUGCUCAUGGAUAUGGUGGUUGGAGGGACGGAUACCACUUCGAAUGCGGUCGAGUUUACCCUGGCCGAGAUGAUGAACCAACCACAGAUCCUGAAAAAGGCGCAACAAGAACUAGAGACAGUGGUCGGAAAGCACAACAUAGUCGAAGAAUCCGACAUCAACAAAUUACCCUACCUAUAUGCGAUCAUGAAAGAAUCUCUUCGGUUGCAUCCUACGCUUCCACUAUUGGUCCCACAUUGCCCGAGCCAGUCAUGUAUCAUUGGUGGGUACUCGGUCCCAAAAGGUGCUCGGGUGUUUGUGAAUGCAUGGGCGAUCCAUAGAGACCCCGAAAUUUGGGAAAAGCCAUUGGAGUUUAGGCCCGAAAGGUUCAUGGAUAACAAGUGGGAUUAUAGUGGGAAUGACUUCAAUUAUUUCCCGUUUGGUUCUGGCCGGAGGAUAUGUGCAGGGACCGCAAUGGCGGAACGCAUGUUUAUGCUUUUGCUCGCGUCCCUUAUUCAUUCUUUCGAUUGGGAAUUAGGUGAUGGAGACGAACUCGAUAUGUCUGAGAAGUUUGGGAUUGUGUUGAAGAAGAAAGUGGCUCUCGUUGCUGUUCCGACACCAAGAUUGCCAAGCGCAACAAUGUACGAUUGACAUUCCACGGCUAAGACUCACAAGUGAUGUAUCAUGAGAUGCAAGAAAUGGGGUGUUUGAUAUUGCUUAUUUAGGUGUUUUUUUUUACUUAUUUCAAUCUGAUAUCAGUGAUAAGCAAAAUUCAAGUGUAUGGAUGAGGAAAAAUAAAACUGUU